AUGUCUGGCGGAUGGGGAAGACUGGGUCUACGUCGCCGUCAUCAGCACGAGUUGUUUGUUGUUAAGCAACUGGACCCUAGGACGGGAAACACGCGGGAAGCUAAAAAAAACAUGGCUUCUUUUCGCGAAGCACGAAUUGCCAUUUUGGACGCCUACAUGGACGGUCUAUUAGAUGACGACGAAUUUCUAGUACUUUGACAAGCACACAAGUCACGACGAAUUUCUAGUACUUUGACAAGCACACAAGUCAAAGAACCCCGAGUUCCCUUAUGAAGAACAUGGCCGAUUUUCCUUCGACGAACUUGACGAAGCAGAAUGCAAAGGCGAAUUUCGAUUCGAGAAGAGAGACCUACCAGUCCUUGUAAACGUUUUGGGUAUCUCCAACCAGUUUACUUGUUCGCAGCGUACUGUUAGUGAUGGAAUGGAAGGAUUGUGCAUGGUGUUGCGAAGAAUGGCGUACCCUUGCCGCUACAGAGACCUUAUUCCCCGGUUUGGUAGGCCAGUUCCCGUCUUAAGCAUGAUCUGUAACCGCGUAAUUGAUUAUAUUUACGAUUCGCACGUACAUCGCCUCACUUCAUGGAAUCCCCAGCUGUUGGACCCUGCCUCUCUUCAGAUGUAUUGUGAUGCAAUUUCUAGGAAUGGUUCUCCUCUCGACAACUGCUUCGGGUUCAUAGACGGCACGGUCAGACCAGUAUGCCGCCCUGGUGAGCAGCAGAGAGUGCUCUUCAAUGGCCACAAGAGGGUGCACGCCCUAAAAUUUCAAUCGGUUGUCUUACCAUCGGGAAUUAUAGCCCAUAUGUAUGGCCCAGUAGGUAAGUUAAAUGAUAAAUUACAAACAGUUAAUAAACAACAAAAUAGUGCAUAGGUUCAGAUGUAGGGUGUUACGAGGAGGGCAAUUCUUAAGGCUGGAGAUCAGAGAAAGUCAAGUUUCAAAUUGAUUCAGUACUUGCACUACAAUAUGAUUCACUAAUUUGAAAAAAAAGCACCCAUCUCUUUACUUUGUUCCUUUCUGUUGUUUCUACUGCAGAAGGCAGAAAGCAUAACGCGGGGAUGUUAGCAGACUCUGGUAUACUUGAAGACCUACAAAGGAAUGCAUUUCCUUAA